AUGGUGCGCCCAGCAGGCGCGAUCCUCGGCUCGAUGGUCAUCCUGACGGCGCUCGACGCCAUCCAUGAGCUGGUGACGGCGGGUAGGCUCGGCCCCAACCCUGUUCUACAAGAGCUCGAGGAUCUCGCGAAGGAGCACGAGGGCAAGCAGCUCGAGCGGAUCCUCACGGCAGAGGCGGCGGAGGAGACGCUGGCGCGACUCACGGAGGAGCGGAACAAGGCAGAGAGGAAAGUGCCGAAGACGCGGCUGAACCUGCAGCGUGCGGAUAGGGAGUGGGAGGACAUACAGCGUGCGAUCAAUGAGAAUAGGCCUUUUCACGUGGUACUGCAAGGCAGGGUGGAGCUCGUCCGCAUUCCUUCGGUGCAAGAGCUAGAGAAAGUGAAGACGCAAGUCAAGGGUCUCCGGGAGCGGCAAGUCGUCGUUCGUGGGCUGCGAAACAGCACGUCUGAUCCGGCCGUCGCACCCGUUGGUGUGGUAGAAACGACGACAAUCAUUCCGCGCUAUCCCGACCCGAAGCCAGAGAACCCGUUCGUGUGGUACGACGUGCCCGGUGCGGGAACGCUUUCCGUGAGCGGAGAGACGUACUUCACCACCCAAGGGAUGUACGUGUUUGACUGCGUCGUCAUCCUAGUCGACAAUCGCCUCACGGCUGUGGAUAUCACGCUCCUGAAAAAUUCACGUCCAAAAUGUAGCAAACGACAUGGGGAUGAACGGGAGCGAGAGUGCACAGAGGACACAGAGGAGAUUGUGUCGAGGGCGUGCGAGAGGUAUAGUGAGGAUACAAAGAGGAGCAUUGCACGAAAUCUCUGGCAAGCGGGGAUUUCUGCACAGAAAGUGCAUCUGGUGGAUAAGGACGCGUUGGUGAGGAUUAUCGGUGGACCGCCAACGAGUAUGUGCAUUGAUGAAGAACGGCUGCUGAAGAAUGUGUUUAUCGAGACGCGUGUGGGGCAGUCGGAAGCUGCAUCAGCUUAA